GUUUUCAGACUGGCCAGUGGUGUGAUAGAGUGAAAUGUUACAGUCAGUUACUGGAGCAUCUGACAGCCAGUGACUCUUUAACGCUGCGUUAAUCACCACAAGAGUCUCAUUUAAAAUAUUUUCAAAUUAUAUACUCAGAUCUCCAGGUUCAGUUUGAGUCUAAAAUCAGUAAAAUCUGGUUUCUUCCAGUCGGAGCAUCACUGACUGGGUUAUAAAAUGUCACAGUUUCUUUCUUUCAUAAAUUCUUCUGGGUUUUCCUCUGUUCUGUUUUUAGAAAAACAGUAACAGUGUGACCUGAAGGAGCUCCCAGAGGAAUUGAAUAAACUUUAAGCACAUGUUCACAUGGUUGGGGUGGGGGCAGUUCCUGGUGCCACAGUCAAUUAAGAUUUGGUUCAUGUCUGCACAACUAAUAAAUGACUGAACAAACCGUCAGCUGAAGCUCAGCGCUGCAGGAGGACGCAGCCUGUUCCUGCCUCUGCAGCAGAGAGGAAGUCAAACCAACAUCUGAUUCUUUUCUGCUGCACAGAGCAUGAAGAGCUACAUGGUGAAAUGGCUGCAGUAUCAACUUCCUUUUGUUUUUCACUAAAAUGUGGAGUAAAGAGUCUGCAGGAUGUUUGCUGUGUGGACAAACCAUCACCCAGAAAACAGAUGAGUGAUGCAAACUUCAAAACAAAAACAACAGAAAACAAAACAAUAAAAUAAAAUAAAACAGGAACCAAAACUAAAAUUCUGCAAAUAUCAAAAACAACAUAUGAAACGCAGCAAACUUGAUCCACAGAGCAGAAGUCCUCCAGACCACUAGGGGGAGUCGACAACCAAACCAAACAGGAUGUCAUGAUUUGAAAGCAGGUUCAGAAGAAGACUGGAGGAAGAAAGAAAAUGUGUUAUACUAAAGUCUUUUACAAUAUUAUAGAACAGCAGCAUAGUUACACAGGUAACUACUCAAGACUCCCCCUGGUGGUCUGGAGGAAUGAGGAGCAUCUUCCUGAUUCUGGAUGUUUCUCCCUCAGCAGGGAGGUCCUGUGCUGUGACUCAGGAGUUUUACCAGCCAGUAGCUGCUGGACUCGGUGACGUUCCCUUUGAUUUCCACAUGGAAACUGUUCGUUUGGGGAAGUUUGUUCCUGGCAACAACCUGGUUAAAAACACAGCAAGAAGGUAGAGCUGCAAUCUCCCAACAUCUUCCACAGACCUGCUGGUUUAAGGUGUGUGUUUGUGUAUGUGUGUUUGUUUGUGUGUUUGUGUGCGGCGGCUCUGAGCUUCGGUCAGCAGCAGGCUGAGAGUCACAUGAUCCACUGUCCAGUCACACAGUGAUUCUCCUGUCCACCUCCAAGCUGAGGAGGAUCUGGUGGAGGUGAAACCAUCAUGAUGUCUGAUCACAAAACACAAAACGCUGCUGAGCCACAGAAAGCUGAGCAGACGUGGCAUCAAUGACCUUUAACCUGGAAGAACAAAGGAGAAACAAAAAGUUGAGACAAUAAAACAGCCAAACAUCUGACUGGUGACCCUUGAAAUCUCCGUCAACCAGGACAGAAGCGGCUUCAUUGUUGACAUGUUGUUAUGGAGACAGUUUGUCUCAGUUUGUUGCAGCUCCUCGUGUUUCUCCUCCUGUGGACGUCAGUCUGCAGGCUGAGGGUCUGAAACCUUCCGUCUCCAUGAAGUUACAGUUCAGCUAAUGUCUGGAAAAAGAGCCGUUUAAAAACCUUCAGAAUAUAAAAUCAUAAAUCAGCUGGCACUGCAUGUUACCUAGCAACCCCAGCGAAGCCCAGCCUGUUGCCUAGCAAUGCAAGGAGAGCUCCAGCAGGUUUGGUCAGCUGGUUUUACUGCUGCACAAUGGCUGCUGGAAAAGAAAACAAUCCAGAAAUCACUUGCUGCAUUUUUAUUGGUUGUGCAGGAGGCUCCACUUCUGCUUUUCAAAGAAGUACGGUUGUGUAAUUACGCAUUUGUUUGCAGCCAUUUUCACAUGUCAGAGUAAACGUUGAGUUUGGGGCCAGCAGCAGGAUUUAAAGUGACAGGACGCCCUAAAACAGCUGAAAAUACAAAACUGAGACCAAAAUCUCAUCAUCUAAGAAAAAUGUAAUGAAGAUGUUUCAGAGCCCAGUGACCCAUCCUAACAUGUUCAUUAGCUUUAACACAGACCUGGAAUCACUGCAAGCAUUUCUCUAAGAAAGCAGGAAACCAUGGAGAGAGGAGGAGGAGGGAAAUGUCUGUGAGGAGGAAGGAGGAGGGAUGAAGAGGAAGAUAAGAAGCAGGGGGAGGAGAGGAGAGAGGCAUUGUGGGUCCAUCCAUCCUCCAUGCGGGACCCUGCAGCCGGAACCCCGGCCGUCUUUCUUUUGGUUUGAGGAAAAGCUCAACGUGUUUGGAGUGUUUCCAUUUCCCGGCAGCAGAUGAAGGAAGGACGUCUGUGUGCGGCGAGCAAAGCUCAGGGUUAGGAACUGAGCGCGGGGUGAUGAGAGGAAGAGGAGUUGCUCUGCAGCAUCACUCUUCCUCCUUAUUGUCUCCCCGCCUGCAGCAGCAGCGCAGUCCGGCUGCGUUAUGCCUGCGUCUGAGGGGAACCGCUGCUGCGCGGCCGGGCCGGGCUGAGGGGGGGCCGCGCUGACUGCAGGACAAUGACCCGGCUUGGUUUUCUGAGCAGCAAACCAGACAAACAUUUUGAGGAUUUAAAGGAACGGAGUUUAAAGAUGGGAUGACCGCUGUGUGGCGCUGAACCCGACCCAACAUGAACUCCUCCUCCAAUCCGAACCAGAGCGGCUCUCCUUUGUUCUGCCUGCUGGGAGCGGUGGGUUACUCCCACCGCCUGGACACCUGCCUGCUGGAGGCGGCCAUCAUCCUCUUCCUCGCUGUGCUCAUCAUCGCCGGGAACCUGCUGGUGAUCUUUGUCUUCCACUGCGCGCCGCUGCUGCACCACCACAGCACCGGACACUUCAUCCAGACCAUGGCGUGCGCCGACCUGCUGGUGGGCGUCAGCUGCCUGGUGCCGUCUCUGUCCCUGCUGCGCUGCCUCCCGGGCCUCAACCAGCAGCUCGCCUGCAAAGCCUUUGGCUACGCCGUUUCUGUGCUGAAGAGCGUCUCCAUGGCGUCGCUGGCGUGCAUCAGCGUGGACCGCUACGUCGCCAUCACCCGCCCGCUGUCCUACGCCACGCUGGUGACGCCGUGCCGGCUGCGGGCGUGCAUCGUCCUCAUCUGGGUUUACUCCGCCCUCGUCUUCCUGCCGUCCUUCCUGGGCUGGGGGAAGCCCGGUUACCAUGGCGACGUCUUUCAGUGGUGCGCCGAGUCGUGGCGGACCAACCCGACGUUCAGCACCUUCAUCGUGGCGCUGCUGUACGCGCCGGCGGCGCUCACCGUCUGCUUCACGUACGGGAGCAUCUUCCGGAUCUGCCGGCAGCACAUCCGGGAGAUCAGCCAGCGCCACGCCCGCUUCGGCGCGCAGGCCACGCCCACCGGGGGCGAGCGCUGCGACGGCUGCACGGACAAGCGCUACGCCAUGGUGCUGUUCCGCAUCACCAGCGUCUUCUACGUGCUCUGGAUGCCCUACAUCCUCUACUUCCUGCUGGAGAGCGCCGGGCUGUACCGCCACAAGGUGGCGUCGUUUCUCACCACGUGGCUGGCGAUCAGCAACAGCUUCUGCAACUGCCUCAUCUACAGCCUCUCCAACAGCGUCUUCCGAAGAGGCCUGGGCAGUCUGCUGCAGCCGCUGCUGCCUUCCUGCCUCGGCUGCGCAGACGGCAGGAAGGCUCCGCCCCCCGGCAGCCUGCGCACCGACACGCGGUGCCACGUCUGACGCUCUGCAGCCGCGGAUUGGCGGAGGUGUUUCAGAGCGACUGUUUGGCGUCUGCAGGACCGCAGAGAGGCGUCCGAGCUGAUGCCUGCUGGUCCUUCUGAGAUGAAGUGAAUGAAACUCAGUGGAGGAACAAAGUUUGACCCCAAACUGCAUGAAAAAGGUCAAUGUGUGAAUUCAGAGAAUCGAAUAAACACGUAAAAAGUGUAAAAAGACAUAAAAGGAAAGUAAAGUUCAACCUGCAGUCAGAUCCAGCAAAUGCAAAAAGCGAAACAGUUUAUUGCCUCAUUUUCAUCCAAAGAAAUUUGGAUAAUUAAUUUUUUUAUUUUUUAUGUUGGAUUUUUGAUAAACUUACUGUUUCAUUCUCCUAAUAUUUUAACCGUCUUCUGUUGAUAUUAAAGUUUAUUUUGGCAGUUUUUCAACUUUGUUGUCAUACGACUUUAUUUUUGUAAAAGAUAAUAAUUUUUUAGCCUGACUGUUAUAUUUUGUUAGUUAACCUGAAUUCAAAGUCCAAAUAAAUAGGAGCUGCAAAACACAACAAGAUGGCCGCCCUGAGAUCUGGAGACACCAGGAUUUCAUUGGUGGAAAAAAAUCCCUAUUUUCCAAAGCUGUGAUGAAGUGAUGGGAUGGACUGAUGGUUCCAGGGACGGAGGUGUGGAGGCCGAGGCGACUGCAGAUGUGGAGGAUCUGUGUGAAAAUCUCCUGAUCUGAUCUGAGCUCAGGAAGCUCAGCGGCUGAAGCUGAGUGUUUGUUCAGCCUGGAUUCAUGGAAAAUGUUGAUUUAUGAAUCAGCUCAGUUCUCUGACCUGCGGCGUUUUUCCACCUGCCGCCUGCUGAACGCCCAAUAAGGAGACAGACGGUUUAUUUAUUUCAUCAGCAGAUGAAUCUGAAUCUGAGGCGUUUCUGUUUGCUGCUGUUUGAAGCAGAAACUUCCUCCUGAUACAAUCCGAGGUUUUUUUUCUCUUUUUCAUAAUUCUCUCUUCUUAAAGGUUUGAUGUGUUUCUCUCUCAGCAUUAUGAAGAGUCUGACAGUAACUGUACCUUUAUAUUAAAACCAAUAUUUAAAACUAAACAUUUUAAAACAAAAAAUGAAAGAAUUAUUACUGUUGUGGCUAAUUUUAGAUUAUAUAUUGCUCUAAUUUUGACUAUUGUGGCUGUAAUAAUGUAUCUAACUAGUUAUUUUGCUACAAAAACAAAAAGUGUUGAAUCUUUAAUGUCAUUUGAUUCACUCAUAAAACUGACCUGAAACCAGUUUCUCAUAUUUUGAGGUUCCUGGAUUAACUUUGACUUCAGUUUCAGGUUUUCAGGUUAAAUUUAGAGUAAAAAACCAGCAGAUAAUUUAAAUAAUGAGGUUUUGAGCUGAUCCAGUUGAACUUUAGCAUCAUGAACAGCAGCUACGUUUACGUUUCUCUGUCGUCCUGCUGUUUCUAAACAGACCGAAGUCUCGAUCCGGCUCCAUUUUACCGCUCAGACUUUAACUCUGGCAGCUUCCUGUAACUUUUUACAACUUUAAAAUGUAAAACAAAAUAAAGAGAUGCUGCUUUUCCAGAAGAUCUGAGUUUUUACAACCAGAAAUAAAUGGAAGAGCCAAGAAAAAUGGAGAAACAUGAGUUUAUAACUAACAUUAUUAUUCUAGAAAUGCGUUUUUCAGAUUUGUACCAUAUAUUAUCACUUUAUUACAGCUUAAAUCACCUCAUAGCAAAACGUUUCACAUUGUAACAUUUAUAUUGUGUAAAGGUGAUAAUUGAUCCUGUUUUCCUCAAACGCGUCGCAUUAACAGAAGAUGCGUCUGUUUGACCUCCUGGAGGUCAACAUAUCUCAAUCUGGGGCUAAAUAGGAUAUUUACACUGUAAAAACCUGAUUUGUCUUUUUGUCAAAAAUAGUAUGAAUAUUGUAAUAAAAUAUUUCUUGUACUUUGAAGUUUAAUAGCAUGAGUGGCACCAAGAAACGAAACCGAACAGCAGAGUUUGAUUCUUCCACACAGGAAAACCAGUUUAGAUCCUUUAGCUCGGCGGCUAACAGUUUGUAGCAACAGGAGGGGGAGGGGCCGCAGCGUUCUUUCAUUCUUUUCAUCAAAUUCUAAUAUUUUAUCUGGGAUUUCUCUAAAUGGAAAUGAGAUUAAAAUCUUCACUUAUUAAAGCUUAGUACUGAAAUCUGACCCAUAAUUUAAUAAACCAUUUCAUUUUUGUGCCUGAAACGAUUUAAUAAAGCAGAAUUUCAUUAAAAUAUUUUAAACAUCAUCAGAUAAUCAUAAAGUCUGGUUUUAAAACCAUUAAACAUGAAAUUCUGAGUUUCUUCUUCUGAUUUUGAAGUUUUUGCUCAAAGACCAGAAGGAAAAAAAAACUGGGAAAUGAAAUAAAAUAAACUGAAAAGUGAAUGUGAAGGUUUUUAUUUAAGGAUUUUAUUAAAGGUUUUAAUUAAAGGUUUUUAUGAAAGGUUGUUAUUAAAGGUUUUAUUAAAGGUUUUUAUUAAAGGUUUUUAUUAAAGGUUUUCCAUCUUAUUGUGGGUUUUAUGUGAGAGAAAUUUAAUCCCAAACCACAAACUGUUUUAAAGUUGAAGCUUCAUCUAUUUUUAUUAAUCUGAGACACAUUUUGUAUUUUUGUGGAUUAACAGGAAGAGUUGAUUUAAAGAAACUUCUGUUUGUUUUUGUGAAUUUUCCAUAAAAAUCUUCCAGUUUUAUUGCAUUUAAAGAGCUUUGAAUGUUUAAACUUUAACUUUCCUCUCUGAGGUUUUCCUUCAACAAAGUCUCUGUAAAAACCUUCAGUUUGCAUGAACUGCGUCUCAUUUAUGAGAAAAAUGCCAAAAAGCAGAAAAAACUCAAACUAUUUUUAGUUUUGAUGAAUAAGCUAAAAUUAAAAAUGAUUUAAAUGAAGGAAAAUGUCUCCUGAAAAAUGAUGCUUCAGUAUUUUCUUGAUGAGCUCAAGCGGCAGGAAGGAACAACUAAUUACAUUUAUUUGUCGUUUUUACAGCAGCCGUUGUAACAGGACGUCUCCUUGUUGGAAGUGAACUGAAAUGACGCGUUUCAUGAUUUAUUGCUGCAGAAACAUUCAAGUUAAUUGGAUUCAGCCGUGGAAACUUGUUGAAAACAGAUUUCACUUCAGUUAUUGUUUUUGGCUCUGCAGUCGAUCGAAGGGAACGAAACCCGUUUCAGAAACUCAUGAAGUGUUUAGAAAAAUCUGAAAUUAUUUUAAAAUCACAUUUUGUAGAAAAUUUUAUGGAUGUGCAAUUUAAAAAAAAUUAAGAGCAUGAUUUAAUUAUUUCUAUUGUGAGAGAAACAGAAAAUGUAGUUUUGUUCCUCUGGGAUGAUAUUCUGAAUUAAAAAAAAAAAAUGUUGCAGGUUGUAGAUUAUUGUGUAAAAAGCUUCAGAACCACAGAAAUCAGUUUUCUCUUGUCUGCAGUUCAUUUCUUUCAGGCUGAUUCAGAAGUAAAAACAAGCAGAUAUGAAAAAAGAGAAAAUAGUUAAAAUUGUUUAGUUUCUAUGUUUCAUUAAAACUCAGCAGGUUUUUUAAAGUGUUGCAGCUUCAUCAGUAACGCUGCAACGUUUUAAAUGUUUUAUUUUAAUUUUAUUAAUGGUUUUUAUUCUGGGUUUAAUGAAAACUCUGAGUUUAUCUCACAGUUUACGUGUUGGACUGAUCAGUUCUGAUCUGUUCUGAUCUGAUCUGAUCGGUUCUGAUCGGUUCCGAUCUGUUCUGAUCUGUUCUGAUCUGAUAGGUUCUGAUCUGAUCAGUUUUGUUCUGUUUUGUGUUAUUUCCUGGUUUUUGUCUGAACCUAAAUUCUUGAUUCUGUUUUUUGAUGUUUUUCUCUGUCUGUUGAUUCAGUUUAAUUUAUUUAGUAUUUUUUCCAGUCAGAAAUAUUUCUGUUCACUGUCAAAAACACAAACAAUAACUUUUCAAAAGUUGCACUCAGAAUUUUCUGUAUGGCUAUUUGUCAAAAAUACAAAUUAAUUUAAUAUUUAAACUUCUUUUUAUUGCUCUAUUGCCGAAUAUUUAGUCAGCUUAUUUAUCUAUAUAUUCAGAAAACGGACAGAAUCCGUUAAUCUUCCUUCUGCUGUGAAAAUGAAUUAUUUAAAUGUAUCUGAUACAUUUUCAUUUGCUGUAGCAACACAGAUAAAAUGUACAGUUUUUACAAUCCUGUCAUCUUUUGGAGUUUGUGCAAUAAUCCACAGUUUAUAGCAGAUUAAUAAUCCAGACAAAGGGCUUUAAUCUCUGAGCUGUUUGGUUCUCAGCAUGAGGAGAACCAAACAGAAGUUUACUGUAAAUAUUGUGUGUGAUUAAAACUUGAUUGUUCUGUUUGUUGAUGUUUCUGGAUUCAUUUUAGGUAAUAAAAAAAUAAAAACCUUAAA